AAAAAAAAAAAAAACCCACUUGAGGUCGUCUAUUAAUAAACACAAUACCUAUCCCUUGAAGUAAAACAUAGCACAUCCAUUUUCAAACUUCAAAGUCAGAGCAAAACUAGUAAACAAAAGAACAGUGAUUUGCUUCCAACAUAUUGAUUCUUCUUCCUUUUUCAUCAUGUUUAAUCAAAUCCAUCUCUAUUUCGAUCUUAUAUCACUACCCAAUUUCAUAAAACACUUUCAAAAUCACCAUAAACUAUACCCACCGUCAAUCUCAGACACCAUAACCGAAGCUAAAGCCCUCUUCAAUCUAGCUUUUCCCAUUGCCUUAACUUCACUCAUUCUUUAUUCUCGUUCCAUCAUUUCCAUGCUCUUUCUUGGCCAUCUCGGCGAUACCCAACUCGCCGCUGGUUCAUUAGCAAUGGCCUUUGCUAACAUCACCGGCUACUCGGUUCUUUCCGGCCUUGCUUUAGGUAUGGAACCACUUUGUUCACAAGCUUUUGGUGCUCAAAGACCUAAAGUUUUAUCUUUAACACUCCAUCGUUACGUUGUUUUCCUAUUAUUUGCUUCAUUAUUGAUUUCUUUUGUUUGGUUAAAUAUGUUUAACGUUAUGGUGUUUCUUCAUCAAGAUCCUUAUAUCACCCGCAUUGGGUAUAAAUAUUUAUUAUUUUCCCUCCCUGACCUUUUCACCAAUGCUUUCGUUCUUCCAAUCAGAAUUUACCUUCGCGCACAAGGCAUCACCCACCCGGUAACCUUAUCAACCCUCGUCGCCACCGUUCUCCAUUUACCCCUCAACUUCUUGCUUGUCUCCCAUUUUAACUACGGCGUCGCCGCCGUGGCUGCCGCCGGUUCUAUAUCCAAUCUCUUCGUUCUUGUCUCCUUGGUCACUUACGUUUGGGCUUCGGGCUUGCAUGAGCCGACAUGGGAAAACCCCAGCUCGGAAUGUUUAACCGACUGGAAGCCGUUACUAAAGCUAGCCGCGCCGAGCUGCGUUUCGGUUUGUUUGGAGUGGUGGUGGUAUGAGAUAAUGAUCGUUUUGUGUGGACUUAUGGUCAACCCAAAACCGCCGGUUGCUUCAAUGGGGAUAUUGAUUCAAACGACGUCGUUUAUAUACGUUUUCCCUUCUUCAUUAAGUUUCGCGGUUUCAACGCGCGUUGGGAACGAACUAGGGGCAAACCGUCCUUAUAAAGCGAGAUUAUCAGCUGUGGUGGCGGUGUUUGUAUCAGCAACGAUGGGCCUAUCAGCAUCCACGUUUGCAUCCACUACGAAGGAUAAGUGGGCCAGGAUGUUCACUUCUGAUCCCGAGAUCCUACGGCUGACAUCCAUCGCACUUCCCAUCCUAGGGCUAUGUGAGCUCGGGAACUGUCCCCAAACUGUUAGUUGUGGGGUCCUUAGAGGAAGUGCACGUCCGACCACCGCAGCUAAUGUGAACCUCGGAGCAUUUUAUUUGGUGGGCAUGCCUAUGGCGGUUGGGCUCGGGUUUUAUGUCGGAGUCGGGUUUUCGGGUCUUUGGUUGGGUUUACUGUCGGCUCAAAUCUGCUGCGCUGGGCUUAUGUUGUAUGUGGUGGGAUCCACUGACUGGGACCUACAAGCUAAUAGGGCCCAGGUGCUGACGUGUACAGAUAGUAGAUUAUCUAAUGAUGAUUGUGAUAAUAAAGGCGAGGAAGAACAGCCAUUGAUCUGUAUUAUGGUGACUUUGGCUCCUUAAUUAAUCCAGAUUUAGUAGUAAAAUUAGAGUUUGAUAUUGUAGUAAAAAUUCUAAAUUCGAGUUUUAUGAAUAAAGAAAAUAAUAUUAAAAUA